GAGAGGGUGUGUAAAAAACUGGGCACACAAAAGGGCAUCCACAGACAAGUUCUCUCUGGUCAGCACUCCUGUGCAGGACACAAAAAGGUCCCAAGUACCUAGGAUUAAAGAUACAGCCUGAGACUUUCAUUGUUAACUGUUAAUCCUGACACACUCAGCGCCAGGGUAUAAGAGCUGUGCCCCUGGCUUUACUCUCAGAGUGAGUUCAGGCACCAGAAACAUACGUAUUGAACACACAGGCAUCAUGUCUACCAGCGACGAUAAAAAGACCACCUCCCAGACCGACGGCAAGGCUGGUCCGACCAAGAAGUCUGACAUGGGCAUGGCUUACAAGAUGUUCGUGUUUGACCAGGAGAACUUCCAGGGCAAGAUGAUCGAAAUUAACGCUGAGUGCGUGAACGUGUGUGCGAUGGGCAUGGACAGGGUGCGCUCACUUCGUGUGGAAUGCGGCCCUUUUGUGGGCUGGGAGCAGAUGAACUUCUGCGGAGAGAUGUACAUCCUGGAGAAGGGCGACUACCCUCGCUGGGAUUCCUGGAGCAACUGCCAGAAGAACGACUACCUGCUGUCUUUUAGACCUGUCAGAAUGGACCCUGAGAAGCACAAGAUCUGCCUGUAUGAAGUGGGUGACUACAAGGGCCGUAAGAUGGAGAUCAUGGACGACGAUGUGCCCAGUCUCUACUCUUACGGCUUCACUGACAGAGUAGGGAGCAUUUUCGUCAGCUGUGGAACCUGGGUGGGCUACCAGUACCCUGGCUACCGUGGCAGCCAGUACUUGCUGGAGAAGGGCGACUAUAGACACUUUAACGAGUAUGGAGCUCGCUGCCCUCAGAUGCAGUCCAUUAGGCGUCUCCGUGACAUGCAGUGGCACCCACAUGGCUGCUACACCAUGGCCAGCAAGUGAGGGCCAGGCCAGUAGCGGAAGAGCCGAAGCGGAGAAGAAGCAGAUGGCUGCCGGAGGAAGGAAAGGACGAGAGGACACUGUGAGCUCCACCUUAAAAAUAUUCUUGGUGUACCUAGAUGGUGUUUAGGACUUAGACGGACACAUACUGUACAAGUGGAUCUUUUUAAGCUCCUGAGCUUCCUAAAUAACACACACUCUUUCCUCCUCCACUCAUUUUCUCUCCUCUCUUUCGCUCAUGCAACUUGACUAGUUUUGCCUUCCAUAUUUUAGUUUUUAUUACCUCCUCCUAUCCCUACUCUGUCAGAAGGAUGGACUAUAAAAGAGAGAACAGAUGAGAUCAUCUCCCUUUUUCAAAUAUAUA